AUGAGUUUUGCUUUUUUCCGAGGAGAGGACGUAUUUCCCAAAGGCCAGUUUCGGGUGCCGCCGUAUCUACGGAAUUAUGCUAAACCGGCCUUUCGUCACCCCGAAGAUGAUAACAAUACUAACACAGAUUGCCAACAAUUGUGUUCAGUAUUGGACGAAACGAUAAAAGUGCGUUCUAUAGGAAAAACCGACAGCCUGUCUUCUAUACGCAAUCCUGCCAACAAUAAGCUGUAUGUAGAGCAAGGGAACGCUAAGACAAAACAAACAACGACAGCAGCAACAGAGAAGCUUGAAAAGCCAACCGGGGUCAGUGCCGAGAUGAACAAAAACCAAUUGGUUGAUUUGCACCGGUCAAUACAAACUCGAUUAACCAGCACGGGACUGGAAUCUGUUGAUCUGUAUCCCCUAGCUGGCAUGCGAUGUACAGGACAAAGAAUGAGUUUGGCUGAAUCGCAGCAGAAUCCGUCGAAACGUGGAAGCAUACAAGAGGAAGUAUCCAAAGAGAACUUGACUCGCGACGAGCAGGUCGUUAGCAACAGAGCAACAAUUUCGGGCACUGCAAAUAGUUCGCACGCAGUUUCUUUAAACAAACUGUAUUCUUGCUUAAAGAGAAUGAAAGGCCGACGGAACGAGAUAGGAAAGUACGAAGAUCUAGCUACAAUUUCUAUGAAUGGACGAGAGCCCGGGUUCAGCAGGAGCUAUUUCCAUAGAGUUCUCGCAGCAAACAAUAGCAAACAUUCGCAAACACGUGGAGAACAAGAAGAAAUCUUUUUGCUUCUUGGCGGCAAAUCCAAGCCGGUACGCUUUCAAAUAAACCCCGAAGGACUUAACUUGUUGGAGAAAGAGUGGCGGGUGGAACUUAAGUCUAGAGAUUCUAUAUUUUGUAAUUCCGACGAGGAAGGCUUGCAGCUUUUACAAAAGUUUCGCGCGAGAUUUAGAUUGGGAAACCAAAGUACAAUUCUGGACAGAAAAACGCCAAGCUUGCCAAUACCAUGGGCUCGACAUGUUGUUCACAAGGGCCGCUGCCAAAGCCCAGAAGAAAAAGACCAGUUGGGAGAGGACGAGAGUGGUCGAAAGCUUUCAAUACAUGUUUAUCUUCCUAAUGCUGGCUGGGACGAACAAAGCGUACCAGGAACACCAAUGCUUUCGCGAUCAAGAUAA